AUGGGAGACGAUGCACCGCCCAUCGGCAUUGAUCUCGGAACAACCUAUUCAUGUGUCGCCGUUUGGAAGCACGAUCGCAUCGAAAUUAUUCCCAAUAAUCAAGGUAAUCGAACGACACCGUCUUGUGUUGCUUUCGUUGAUGCAGCGCGUCUCAUUGGCGAUGGCGCCAAGAACCAAGCGGCCAUAAACCCUGCCAACACCAUAUUUGAUGCUAAGAGGUUGAUCGGAAGGAGGUUCAGUGAUUCCAAAGUGCAGGAUGACAUGAAAUUAUGGCCUUUUAAGGUCAUAGAAGGUCCUGCCGACACACCAAAGAUUUCUGUCUCCUACAAAGGUGAAACAAAGGAAUUUUUAGCUGAAGAAAUAUCAUCAAUGGUUCUUAGGAAGAUGAAAGAAACCGCUGAAGCAUACAUUGGAAAACCCGUGAAAAACGCUGUCAUUACUGUUCCAGCUUACUUCAACGAAUCACAACGUCAUGCAACAAAGGAUGCUGGUGCUAUUGCCGGACUCAACAUCAUUAGCAUGAUCAACGAGCCUACUUCAGCUGCAAUUGCUUAUGGUCUAGACAUCAAUAAGUCUUUGAUCAAAACAAAAAAGAAAAAGAAAAAUGUGCUCGUCUUCGACUUGGGUGGUGGCACUUUUGAUGUCUCUAUAUUGACAAUUGUGGAAGGAGCUCAUAUCAUUAAGGUGAAAGCCGUUUCUGGUGACACCCAUUUGGGAGGCGAGGAUUUUGAUAAUCGCAUGGUGGAUCACUGUGUUCAGGAAUUCAAAAGGAAAUGGGAAAAAGACUUGAAGCCUAAUAAAAAAGCAGUGGGGAGACUAAGAUGUGCUUGUGAGAAAGCAAAAAGGAUUCUCUCAUGCGAUACUCAGACUUCGAUCGAACUAGAUUGCUUGCAUGAGGGGAUUGAUUUCUGUAUGAAGUUUAGUCGGGCUAAAUUUGAAGAGCUCAACAUGGGUUAUUUUGAUCGCUGCAUGGAGACUGUAGAGGCAUGUUUACGUGAUACAAAGAUGAAGAAAUCAAGUGUACACGAGGUGAUUCUUGUUGGUGGGUCAACCAGAAUACCAAAGAUCCAGUUAAUGUUGCAGAAACUAUUCUACGGGAAGGAGUUAUGCAAGAGCCUAAACCCGGAUGAGGCUGUCGCAUAUGGUGCGGCGGUUAUGGCUGCAAAGUUAAACCCUAACAGUGAUAAAAUUAGGUUUGGAGAUUUGGUGUUAUUGGAUGUCACUCCCUUGUCCCUUGGUAUACAAUUAAUGGGAGAAAUAUUUGACGUGGUGAUCCCACGUAACACUACAAUACCUAGGAAAAAAUCUAGAAUUUAUCGAACAGCCUUUGAAAACCAAACUUCCGUUGGUAUCAGGGUCUAUCAAGGUGAAAGAGCCAGAUCUACAGAUAACCAUUUGUUGGGGAUGUUCACAGUUUCUGGAAUACCACCGGUUCGAAAAAGACAGCAACAAGUCAAGGUGUGCUUUGAAAUUGAUGCCAAUGGUAUCCUCACAGUCGCAACCAAGAUAUUAGCAACUGGUCAGAAGAAUAAACUCACGAUUACCAAUGAAAAUGGUAGACUCUGUAAGGAAGAGAUUGAAAAGAUGGUAAAAGAUGCUGACAAGUAUAAACACGAGGACCGAGAAUUCAAGAAGAAAGCUGAUGCACUCAAUGCUUUACAUAAACAACUCAAAUAUAUAUCUAGAUGA